AUGUGGUGUACCAAACUCCGAAGCCGCCCUGAAUGGGCUGCAGCCGUCCGCACCCUUCCCAAGAUCGCACCUCGGGUGAAAGAGGGCAGGCUGGACUCUCACGAUAUCGCCCUUCCUACCUCGAGACCACCGCGUAUGCUCCGCAUCGUCUUGCUCUCUCCGGGAGACCUAGACAGCCCCGCCACAGAGCAGCGUCUGCAUCGCCUCGCCCAUCUCCAAGGCCAAGACGCCGCGGUAAUCUUCCUCGUCGACCCUGCCGGACAGCAGAGGGACCCAAUGGAGGCAUUCAUGAGGCUGCAAAUCGACAGGAUGCUUGUAAAGUUUGGUGUGCCUCUCAUACCCCUCCUCUCAGCCUCCGACCUCCCGUCUACCCUCUCAACGCUGCUACCCAGCCAGUCCACACCGCAGGACCUCACUCACUCCGAGUCCCUACUGAGACACAUGGCCGACGGUCCUCCUCUCUCAGAGCACCUCGCCAACCUCUUAAGCGAGAUCGGAGACUCCCCCAGCGCUAUAGCCGCCGCAGCCAACACGGAACAAGGCAGAGCCCGGAUCCUAGAUCUCCUGGGCGAGACCAAAGGCAGCCGGGUCCUCCGGUUUCUAGAGCUGGAGCAUUUUGUAUAG